GUGCCGACGUGUAGGCGUUCCCUUCAACCUCUCUCUCUCUAAUCAGCAGCUUUGCAGAAACAAUGAAAUCUUUGAGCGGGCAGGAGUUUUGACUUUGGUGAGGCUUUAGCAUUUACAUACCAGCAUUCAGGUCUGCGUGUGGGAGAGAGGGACAGACACACAGCUGACAGGGCAGAGUACCUUAGCAGUUAAUAGUUGAAUUCCAGGUUACUUUGUAGAACUUUAUUAUUAUAUAAAGAAUUGCAGGCCACUGGACUUUUACUCUAUCACAGUAUUAAUUUUGCAGGUUUUUAAUUUAAAACACUUAUAUUUAUACACACAAGCGUAUACGAGAGGUGUUUUGGUGCGAGAUUAUCGGAAAGCAGCGAUGGUGGGUAGCCUGAGCCUGCAGGAGGUAUCUGGUCCCCUAGUGGAGCCCAAGCGGCUGGGCGAGCGGGUCCUGGAUAGUCCCGACUCCGGGCUUCCCCCCAGCCCCAGUCCCACGCCCAGCGUCUGGCUGCCGUCCCCGGGAGCUGCAGAGAACCGGCUGCUGGAGCAGGAAGACGUCGGUUUCCCGCUCAGAAGAGGACCGUCUCUACAAACGGACGCUCCAGUUACUUCCUCUUUCCUAAUCACAGGGUUUGGGCCAAGGCUGCAGCCAUCGUCAUUUGGAGAAGGUGUUGAAGUGGACCCUUUGCCACCGAAGGAGAUUAGGUACACCUCCUCUGUGAAAUACGAUUCGGACCGACACUAUGUCAACAAUGUACUCCUCCAGCACACACUGGGUGUUGAUUCCUGCAGCCAGACAGUCAUCUGCGUUCCCAAUUGCACAUGGCGGAACUACAAGACGGAGCUGAGAUUUGAGCCGCAACACAAACCGUGGAGGUUCCGCAGCACUAUCAUUGUGUACCCAAAGUAUGCAAAGACAGUCUAUACAACCACUGUGGAUUACAACUGCAGAAAAGCAGCACGGAAAUUCUUGUCCAGUGUGGAACUUGAAGCCACAGAUUACAAUGGCAGUGAAAUGGUGUUCCAGGAUAGCCAGUGACUUGACUUAACCACAGCCUGUGUUUUUUUUUCUUCGAAAGAGGAUUUUUAAAAAAGUUUAACUUUUUAGACUCUUCAAAAAAAGCUUCUGAAUCUCUUCAAUACUGUAUUUUUUUUGCUCCUUGCAACAUAGCCUACAUUGUGUUUCUUUUUUAAUCGCACAAUAAAGUUUAGGAAUUUCCUUUUAGAGAUUUUAUUGCCAUUAAUAUGUAUAAGACGGGAAUAGAUUAAGGAAGCAAAACACACACAACCAAUUGUGGUAUUAAUUGUUUUAACAUGCACAGGCUGGAGAUGGGUGUUGAGGUGCAAUGUCUCAGCUGUUACCCAUUUACUGGGAGCCUGUUUCAGUCUCUGGCAGAAUGGGUGCUUGGUUCCUGAAGCUCUGUUGGGAAGGAGUUGAGCUUGGCUGUGUCUGGUCACGACCAGCCUACACAGAGACUGGAGAUGCUGAAGGCUUUGCUUUCAUUUUGGGUAUGAGACUGGGGUUGCAGGCAAAAGACUGUAAAUGUGAACCUGAGGAAAUAUCACUGCAUGCAUCAAUUUGUUCUAAUCAAUACAUAAAAAUAUUUCCUGUGCAUUUGAUACAUGUGUAAAUAAUGGUAAAUGCUGUAUUUGAAACAUGGAUUAAUUCAUUUGAAGUACAAUUAGCAGUGUAAGGUUUGGAAUAGGUAAACCUGAGGUAUAUUGGAAUUAAUUUCUCCUACACUGUGAAAAAUCAAACAAUUGCCAUUGGGUUGCAAUGUGGAAUCUUUUAGAUCUUUUUCUAGUUUGUCUCAUGCUAGAAUGAGAGUUUGUACAAAUGAAGUACACACUGGUAACCACAUUUUUUGUGAAAGUAUUACUGUGGGCCUCUGUUCAAUGAAGAACAAUUCCCCUAUGGGCCAACUGAAAUUUAAAUGUAGUAGGACUUAGUUUUGAAAUGUACUAAUUGCCUGGUAAAUGGUAACAUCAUCCCAUAUUUGCUUAUAUUAAACAAUUUCAUUUUACCUUAAUCUUCGCCUCCCUCCACCCCCGUCCCACCCCUUAAUCCUCUUAACAAGUGUGAAAACUACAUGGCUGUUGUAUGACAAAAGGAGUUAUUCUCCUGAUUAGAAUUGAGUAGCCAAACCAGAUGGAUGCAGAUGAGAGCUUCAUUCUCUCCUUGCUAUCAAGACAUCUGCUUGCUCCUCGAAUGAGUCUUGCUGACACUGGACCAUUACCUACCUGCACCAUUCAUUAAGCAACUUUCUGACCUGCUAGAAUUUACCUUUAAUUUAUAUCAGGCAUUACCCCCUCAUCCUACUUUUGUGGUUUAUUCUCAUUGUGAUUAAAAUGAGUCAAAUGAUGUUAAAGCAGAGAAUUUACUCUACGAAACUGAACAUGAUAAAAUUUUAUGGUUUGAAAAGAAAAAGUAAUUAUCUUGCGUGAUCAAUCAUCAACUGCCGAUCACGAAGCUGUCCAAUUCAAAUAGAUCUGAUUUUUUUAAAACUUGGAAUUAACAAAUCAGUGGUGGUAAAGUGAGUGAUUGUAAAAGGUUGCAUGAAAACAAGAUUUCCAGUUUGAUUUUGGGCGGGAGAUGGACUGUUCCUUUAAGACACAUUGGCUAUUAGCAUUGAAUGAAAAUCAAGUUUAAUAUUACCAGAUUGUUCCAUCUCCAGUUGGAAGAUAGGGUAUUUGGUAUAUUUCACAGUCAGUUUUGUUUUGGGAAGGUGAGGGAAGAAGGGAGAAUUGCGAAGGGUUCAGCCACUUUAAAACUGCUCAAGCACUUGUAAUUUUUAGAAAGGUACUAAUGAGAAUGCUUCCUAUUUCUUCCUUUUUUUUUGGAGGGGUUAAAAAGACCAAAGAAGGAAGAUUUUUCUAACGCACUUGUCUAGAAUGUGGUUCAACAAAUGUUUGCACAAAUGCACCAGGUUAGUCAAAGCAGUUUUAAGAAACAAUCUGUAGAGGUCUUGCUUUUAUAGCUGGCUCAAUAAAUGUGGAAUAUUUUAAUAUAUCUGCAUUCAUGUGAUUAUUAAGGUUACUAGGUUAAGAUUGCCAGAGACCAUUGAUUUUUGGGCCUUUGUGUUUUAGAAGGUAACUUUUUCAGGCCUCUGAAUGGAGUUUGAGUUUGACGCUGCUUCAAGGUGGCACUGAGAAGGUCAAUUUAACCCAGUUGAACAGUGACUUAGAUGCACAGUGUAACCAACUGCAAUCGUUUCAAGUUUGCACACGUACUUGACAAAUAUGUUGCAUUCUAAAUACCUGACACCUGACUAGGCUUUACAGCAAUGAUUUAAGUGGGUGGGGAAAGACAUGAUUCUGGCAUCUUGGCGAAAUGUGACACUUGUCCUGAAAUAGUUCAGAUAAUCCGUGAAACAGAUCAGCUCUGCUCAUGCACAUUUGGUAAUUGAAAUGGACUAGAUACAUUAACCCUGUUUUAAGAGGGCAUGGUUAUUUAACAAUGAAUUCGGUAGUCUCUUCCACUUGCAGAAUUCUGAAUAGAUAUUGUUUUUAUUAAAAACUGGAUUUUAAUUGGACUUUGAAGCAGUAGAAAUAUGUACAACUUUGCAAAUCAGCACAACGUAGGUAUUUCCCAAGCUUUGGACUCAUAUUUACACUGAAAUUUUGGAAGUAAUUUUCUCAAACCUACAGCAUCCAAUUUAAUUUUUAAAAGUCAUUAUUAGGGUAAAAUCUCAAAUGUGCAGGUUAUAAUGUGUUGAGUAACACAUACCAUUUUACCAUUCAAAUCCAAUGGCUAUGUCACUUUACAACUGUUUCAGCUACAAUAGAUUGGAAAAGUGAGAACCCACCAAAAUAUAUCAAUUCUAUUUUGUUGUUUUUAGCCAACACUCCUUAAUGCACAUCAUGGCUCCAUUUCCUUUGCUCAACUCAGCCCUCCUGACUGUCUCAGUGAAUAUUUCAUAUUUGCCAGUUUUAUGCCAUAGGCUUAUCAGUCUUUAGAUUGUGGCUGCAAGACCAUGUUGAGGAUGUGAUUUUGCAAUCUUGCAAAACUGUCCAUUUUUAUUUGUUCACAAAUUUCUUUGGAGGAUUUUUGAUGGCGGUAUAUAGGAUGUUAUGGUUGUAGGUUUGCUUGCUGAGGUGAAAGGUUCAUUUUCAUGAACAUUUCAUGAAAAUGGACCUUCCAGCUCAGUGAGCAAGCCUACAUCCAGAACCUCUACCUGAGCUACAAAUCUUCUCAAAUCUCAUUAGUAGGAUGUUAUUUUGGAAGAGGUAGAUGAGGAAAAGAUGUUCAGUGAUGGUAUGAGGAUGAAUGGACAUACUCUUAAGAUUUCAGGACUAUGGGAGGAAUAAACUGUUUGCACAGUGAUCGCAAAUAACUUGUGACUGCUGCUGAUGACGGGUAACAGAAUAGAGUAGGGCUUGCAAGGCUAUUGAUGUAUAGUAGAAUAGUAGGAUGAGCUGGAUUGCUCUAGAGAGCCAGAAUGGACUUGAGCCAAAUGGCCCCUGCGCUGUCUUGAAUCUGACGUUUUUGUAGGAAGGUGGGAUGUUGCAAUGAUGCCCCAAGUAACUGUUUUUCACAAUGUUUUGCAUUUGGCUAAAGGUACAUUUCUACCCAAGGAUAUAUAGGUUCAGCAUCAGACUUCCCUUUUUUCAAAUGUUGUAUUGCAUGAUCUGUAGUAGCAUAGUUCUGCCAGAAAAUGGGUUUAACAUUGCUUCAAUGUGCAGAUUUAAGCAGAGGAAGAACGUUAAAGUGAGCAAACUUGAUUUUAGCUCAGUAACUGCAAUUUAAAUCACACUUGUCUAUCAGAUGAAACUGUUGUAAGAGUCAUGCUACUAGUCCUUUCUCUAGUAUAACCUAAUGUGAUGCACUUUAUAGGUGGAGAUUUGAAAGUGUGCUACACACCCUCUCUAUAAACAUUAAAUGGUUAGUUAUAGAAUGGCUUCAUUGUAUUAGUUUGGAUUAAAGUUCAAAUACUGUGAAAGCCAUAUGCCAGGAAUAGCAUUCCACAACAUGAGGAAUUUGAGAGGCUGAGUGAUGUUAGUAGUAAUGUUUUGCAUUCUUUUAUUCCAUUCUCACUUCUUGAUCCUAAAGGUUAAAGAGUUGACUGUGUCUAAAACACUAUAGCCCCUCUUCCUUGAAUAUGAUUAAAACUGAUAAUUGGUAGUUGACAUUUUCUGCUACAGUAAUCUGUUUAGUGAUCUGUCACUCGUUUAAUCUUGUGAUAUCAGAACAUUCUUUAACCUGACAUCGAUAUAUUUUGAUAACUUUUUUAAAAAAAAGCUUUUGUAUUGUUGAACUUUUGAUUUGAAAAGGGUGUGAAUAACAAAUUAAAACAAAAUGGCUCAUACCGGAAA